GCGGACGUGAAGCUUCCACGGAGCGGGAAUAGCAGAAGCGCAGCCGCCGCCGCCGCCGCCCGGGUGGGAAUCUCCCAGACCGUCCCAGAUGGAUGAUCUCUGUGAAGCAAAUGGCUCUUUUGCCAUCCGCUUAUUAAAAAUAUUGGGUGAAGAAGACAAGUCACAAAAUGUAUUCUUCUGCCCCCUGAGCAUCUCCUCUGCCCUGGCCAUGGUCUUCAUGGGGGCAAAAGGAAACACAGCAUCCCAGAUGUCACAGGCACUUUGCUUGGACAGAGGUGGAGAUAUUCACCAAAGUUUCCAGUCGCUGCUCACUGAAGUCAACAAAACUGGCACUCAGUGCUUACUUAGAACCGCCAGCCGACUCUUUGGAGAAGAAACGUGUGAUUUCCUUUCAACCUUUAAGGAAUCCUGUCAGAAGUUCUAUCAAGCAAGUCUGGAGGAGUUGUCUUUUGCUAAAGACACUGAAGCAUGCAGAAAACACAUCAACAACUGGGUGACAGAAAAAACGGAAGGUAAGAUUUCAGACGUUCUUGGUCCUGGGACAAUUGGUCCACAGACUAAACUGGUCCUUGUGAAUGCUAUGUAUUUCAAAGGAAAGUGGAAUGAGCAAUUUGACAGAAAGUACACAAGGGGCAUGCUCUUUAAAACUAACCAGGAGAAAAAAACAGUUCAGAUGAUGUUCAAGGAAGCUAAAUUUAAGAUGGGGUAUGUAGAUGAGGUGCAAAUGCAAGUCCUAGAACUGCCCUAUGCAGAAGAGGAACUGAGCAUGGUCAUUCUGCUUCCUGAUGAAAACACUGAUCUUGCUGUGGUGGAAGAAGCACUUACAUAUGAGAAGUUCAGAGCCUGGACGAAUCCGAAAACCAUGACAAAAAGCAAAGCUCAAGUUUUCCUCCCCAGGUUAAAGCUGGAAGAGAAUUAUGACUUGGAGUCUUUUCUCCGAAAUUUAGGAAUGAUUGAUGCUUUUGAGGAAUCCAAGGCUGACUUCUCUGGAAUGUCAACUAAGAAGAAUGUGCCUGUGUCCAAAGUUGCCCACAAGUGCUUUGUGGAGGUCAACGAGGAAGGCACAGAGGCAGCUGCAGCCACCGCAGUGGUCAGGAAUACCAGGAGCUGCAGAGUAGAACCAAGGUUUUGUGCUGAUCACCCUUUCCUUUUCUUCAUCUGGCACCCCAAGACCAACAGCAUCUUGUUCUGUGGCAGGUUUGCAUCUCCAUAAAGAGGCAUGAUUUCUGUACAUGCCCUCCUUUUCUUCUGCCACUUGCCUUAAUUUUAUGUGGCCAAAUUGGUAUGGUGGCUUGAAUGCCAAAAUAAAGUGUAUACAUGUGAGUAGUUUUUGAAUGUCUUUAAUGAAGGUUCCAGUGCAAUGGAGUACAAUUGAGGCUUCGAAUGUGUAGAGUUAGGGGGUGAGAAGUCCAAGCUUGUUUUAGCAUGUUUAGAGUACAUCUCAUUGUCUUCCCCCUGACUUAAAGCUGUGUCCAUUGGGAACAUUUCAUUGAUUCAUCACCUACUCCUUGAUGUGCUCUUCCAUCCUGUAGUGAUCUCCGAGCUCUGUUCACCAUAACUGCCAGACUCACCAGGGGACACCAGACUCACUGCACAUAAAGCCAGGGGUGAACGCUACACAAUAAAUACUGUUGCCACUCAGAGUCUCACACACAGCUUUAAUGUGUGCCUCCCUCCAUCAGUAUCACACUUGGUAUAUAUGUCCCAUGUCUCACAGUUUCUUAUGAAAACAUUCCCUUCAGAACUUUUCCUCACAAACCUUAGACUGAAGCUCAGUAGUGAGCUUCAGGACUGAAGUGGGAUACAAAACUCUGAAAUGUGUCAUGUCACUAUCUUCCUUUCUCUAGCCUCUGAAACAUGCAAAACUCCAAAGAACCUUCACACCAAACAAUUCUUGACAGCCUAAUACCUCUGAUUAAGCGUGUAUGCCCAGACAUGGAUCACACACAUCCUUGACUUAAGAAACAGGCCCUCUAUAUAUUUUCUGACUAAAAAAUUUGUAUCAUAGCAACAAUUUAGAAAUUAUAAAAAAAUACACAGAAAAUUUAAGUCAUCUGCAAUUCUGCAACCCAGCAAUCACUGUUAAUAGUGAUAGUGAUCAUUCCUAAAUUUACGUGUGCAAACUUAAAUUUAUAAGCAUUUUAGCCCAGUUAAUCAUAACUUCUAUGCCUUUUUUUCCAUCGUUACUAUAAUCCUUGCUCAAGAUGAGUGUCUUUCUGUAUCAUCAGUUUU